GUGGCUGAAGUCUCUGUCGUUUGUUCCUGUUCAUUUUGGCAACACCGUCGAACGUGGUGACGUAUUGUUCCUUGUUGGUGUAAACAAGGGUAUCUCGCGCUGGGGUUAGCAAACGUCUGAAAGAUUCUUAUGAUGUAUGAAAUAUUUGGGAUUCCAGUCGCGGUAAUACAGUUGUUAGCUAGGCCUACGCUUAGAACAUAAGCUGGGGGGCCGAGUGAAGACAGUCUCGUGUUACACGUCGACGUGUAUACGGAUUGCUUUUGGCUGAAAGGGUGACGCAAGAUGGCUAAAGUUGGAUUCUGCAUGUGUCGCAGUAAGAAUUAAACUAGCUGUAGUGGGCAUUUAAAGACAUUGGCAGAUGGUGAUGAGUGUUUUUAUUUUUAACGUCUGCCAUCAUCUCGGCCCCUUCUUGGAGGCAUAUGAACAGCAUAUAUAUAUGACGCUGGUGGAUCGAAGAUGCAGCUAUAGCAGCGUACUAACACAUUACCCGGGAACAUCGUUUAAAGUAUCGAUUCCUUUACCCGCAGUCGCAGAAGAAGAGCCUUGCGGACGUCAGGGAGUGGAUGAAAAAGCUGGUGCUAUUGCAGCAAAGGAAGCAACGCCAGUCAAAAUGCCUGCAUUUUCCACCUGCUGUGAAAUUGUUCCUGGUGCAUCAGAUAAGCCCCAGUUUACAUCGGUUGCACAGAUCACUGUAAAACAAAUGGCUGUAGAAAGGGUAGUUCCUUUUCAGAUUAUGAGUGACUGUAAGAACGGUGCAGAAUUUAUUCCAGAUCAGGUGUGUUCAUCUAGAAAUUACUUCCAUGCAUCUCAUGGAGAUUGCUCUCAAGAUGCAGCAGAUAGAUUUGUGACAGAGUCUCCGUGGUUAGAUGGAAUCAUGGAUAAUAUGAGAAAAUCUGUGGAUGUGAACCAGGAGUACCCCCUUAUUGAAAAUGAUGGGAGGUUAAAUGGGGAGGACUCCGACUGCUGCUGCUAUAUCAGGCCGGAUGAGCAACCCGAGUUCCAGUUGACAAAUGCUCCUUACUGUAAUGGCCCCAGUGUGGAUAUGUCAAAUAUUCAGUGUGUUGCAACAAAAAAUAGCGAAAACUGCUAUAGGUGUUUGGAAUCCGAGGCAGAUAUGUACCAGUGUAGAGAAAACGGUGGUAGCUGCACUCCAGCCGUUUCCGAAUUACCGGAAAUUAAAGUUAGUGAUACAAUAAAACAUGACAGUCCUUGGUCUGGGGAGAUGUUUACUAAUAAUGCAGCUGAUAAAAAUGAAAAGAUUGCGCGUUAUUUGGCUGAGGUGGAAAAGCAGAACAAGUAUUUACGUGACAGGCAGAGGUACAGGUAUCUCAUAAUUCCUGAUGGUAAUUGUCUUUACAGAGCAGUAAGUAAAGCGGUUUAUGGAGAUCAGAGUGCUCAUAAAGACUUGAGAGAACAGACUGUACAUCAUAUAGCUGAUCAUCUGGAGGAGUUUAACCCAAUUAUAGAAGGCGACGUAGGGGAGUUUCUAAUUGGUGCUGCUCAGGAUGGCGCCUGGGCUGGGUAUCCUGAACUGCUGGCCAUGAGCCAGAUGUUAAAUAUUGCCAUCCAAUUAACUACUGGGGGUAGUGUGGAAAGCCCCACAGUUUCCACUAUGACCCAUUGUCUUGGGCCAGAGGAUCCCUCAAAGCCUACUAUUUGGUUGAGUUGGCUGAGUAAUGGACACUAUGAUGCUGUGUUUGAGUGGCCAGUAUCAAACCCAGAGUACGAAAAUUGGUGCAAGCAGACUCAAGUACAAAGAAAACGAGACGAAGAACUGGCCAGAGCAAUGGCUGCUUCACUCUCCAAAAUGUACAUUGAACAGAAUGGCUACUCUUGAAGUUCAUUGUGUUAAGACUCUAAGCGUUCAGUACAGUUAUAAACCGACUGUUUCUAAUGGACAUUCUUGAUUUUAGUAAACUUCAACAUUCUGACAUUAGCUGGUGGCACUUUAAGACUGUUCAAAAUAGUUUCUCAGUUGGCAUGAAAACUUAAUCUGUAUUGCUCUGAAUGUUUUUAUUACACUUGAACUUUACAAGGUUGCUGUGCACCCCGUAUUACUAUUUUUGACAUCUUUAAAGCUUACAGUAUUUGUUUUGAAUAUGCUCUGUAUCUUGAUAUUUCGAAAAUCAUUCUUUCCAUUUCUUAAAAUAGUAGUUUGGAGUAAUUUUCUUACAGUGUACUUUUGCACAAAUAGCCACAUUUAAUUGUAAUACUUCUGUCUUACAUAUCCUAUUUUUGGCAAGUGAUUUGUAGUCACUGUGCCUUUGCUUUAUACAAUGGCCACUAUGUGGUAAGCACUUCUGGAUCCAGAUUAGAUGCAUACCACGUUAAAAGUGCUGCUGUACUUGUGUUGGAAUCCAGAAGUGUGGAGCAGCCCUGCUAAUAGGGGAGCCCUGUAUUUUGUGAAGAGCUUAUAAUUUCAAUACUGCAAUUUGCAGUUUUUCUAAAGUGUUAACAAAACUUAUUUAGCUGUACAUGAUUAGUAUUUUCAUACUUGCAUUUAAAAAUAUAUAUUUAAAAUUAGUGUGGGUGGGGGACAAGGCUGUGUUCUGCAUCUGCUAGCCAGUUGGACUGGUGACCAGUAAUGCAACAUGGCCUUGCAGUCUUUUCCACUGAUUUGUUGGGUGUGGGCUACAGUAGAAUCUUCCCACAAAUGAAGAUGUUGCAGUUUUGAUUCUUGAACAUGUGUUGGCUUGGUUUGCUGGGUCGAACAUUUUAAUCUUUGUUGUUGCAAAUUUUUGUCAGUUUUCUAGUUCAUGAUAAUUCCAUAUAUUUAUUGAACAAUGUUAGCUUUUUUAUAGUAUUUUUUCAUAUCAUUAAACUGUACCUACUGAAGUGGUUUGUUUGACAAAGUGCUGAACACCCUUCAUUUUGGAAUUACUGUAUCUUUAUGAUUGUCCUAUUUUUAUUUGAAUUGUGUUAAAUAAAGUUUUUGAUUUAUGA